AUGAAAGAUGUCAAUCUUGCUCUGAUUGCUAAACUUGGUUGGAAAAUAUUUUCAAACUUUGACUCUCUCUGGGUUCGACAACUCUCGGCGAAGUAUAUUAAAUAUGGAAACUUCUUUUCUUCACCAAUCGCACCCUCAGCUUCAUGGUUAUGGAAAGGAAUUCAAAAGAGCAAGCCUCUUUUGCUUUCUGGAGCUUGUCUUCAAGUAGCAAAAACAUCAUCGCUUCCUAUGUGGACUUCUGCUUGGAUUCCCAUUAUGAAAGACUUCAAACCAGUUCCGAGGUUUCCUUGUAAUAGAAUUCAGCCUUCUUUGUGUAUUUCUGACCUGCUUCAACAAUCUUCAUUGCAAUGGAAUCUGUCUACGAUAUCAGCUAUUUUCGAUCAAGCCACUGUUGCAGAAAUUUUGAAGAUCAAAAUCUCCUUGAAUCCAAUACCACAAUAUCUCUGGACUCCUUCUUGCUCAGGAAAAUUUACUUCACAUUCGGCUUAUCUCUUCAUCAUUAAUGCUCGUUCUCUCCUAGUUUCUAUUCAGCUAGAUUGGAUGAGUUUUUUGCCCCCAAAUAAUUCCUUGAACCAUUGCCCUUUAUGCAAAUCUGCUUUGGAUUCGCUGCAACAUCUAUUUUUCAAUUGCAUCUUUGCUCGAGUUGUGGGGCGGAAUUCUUUUUGGCCUCUUGACUCUUCUGCUCUAAACUUCUCAAACAUGGUUGAUUGGAUAAAUGUGAUUCUUUCUCCUAGUAUAUCUCUAGCCAUUCCACCAGCUGAUCAUCAUAAAUUCCAGAUCUUUACUUCUGUACCAUGUGAUCUUUUAUGGUUCUAUCGCAACAAAGCCUAUCAUGAGGGGAAAAUUGUUGAUGCUCGUUCCAUCUCUACCCAUAUCAACAAAAUUACUUUGGAACAUUUUCAUGCAUGGAAUAUUACGUCUUCUCUCACAAAAGAAAUUUGGACUCCUCCAUCUGUGACUUGGUUUAAGAUUAACUUUGUUACAGCCAUUAAAGAUUCUUUUUCUGUUCAAGCAGUGGUCUGUCGAGAUUCCAAUGGCACUAUUAUUCGGAUUCUCUCUCAAAUUAGUCUGGCUUGUCUUUCUAAUUAUGGGGAAGCUCUUGCAGCUCAAUUGGCAGUUUCUCUAGCUUCUUCACUUCAUAUUGGUAAAUUUAUUAUAGAAGGCGAUUCCCAAGUUGUCAUUCUGGCUCUCCAGCAGCCCGCUCUUUCUCUUGAUCGGUGGAUUUCUUCCAUUAUUUCGGAUACCAUUGACUCUAUCCCAGCAUUUUCCUUUGGGGAAGUUAGGAAAGUCACCAGAAAUGCAAACUUCUAA